AACCGAAGACCAAACAACAAACAACCAACAAUCACCAUGAAGUUCCUCAUUGUCUUCGUUGCCCUCUUCGCCCUGGCCCUCGCCGCCCCCCCUAGUGUGGAAGUCCUCCGUCAGGUUUCCGAUGUUGGACCCGAGAGCUUCAGCAACUCCUUCGAAACCAGCGAUGGAACAUCCGCCCAGGCUGAGGGACAGCUGAAAAACGUCGGCAGCGAGAAUGAGGCCAUUUCCGUCAAGGGAUCCUACCGUUUUAUCGCUGAUGAUGGCGUCACCUACGAGGUCACCUACAUCGCUGAUGAGAACGGUUUCCAGCCCUCCGGCGCUCAUAUUCCAGUUGUCUAAGCUAAGCCGCUGAAGUCAACUUUGAUUGCAUCCCUUGUUAAUAUCCCCAAAAAAUAUCCCAAAAGCGAUCUUAUCUUUUCGAACAAAUUCGAAAGGAUCAAAAUCUAAGUCAAUUGUUGAAUAUUAAAGAAAAUAAUGAAUACCUAA